AUGUGGGUACAAUUGGAUGGUGCACCACCACAUUUUGCACAGACUGUAAGAACCUUUCUUAACAAACGGUACCCAAACCAAUGGAUUGGACGUGGAAGUCCAGUUGCAUGGCCUCCUAUCUCGCCUGACCUAACUUCACCUGACUUUUACCUUUGGGGAUAUUUGAAAAACACUUGUUACGAACAGCAACCAACGACACGAGAAGACAUGAUGGAACGCAUACGAACAGCUUGUGCAGAAAUUCCAAGAAAUGUCUUGCUUUCCACGGUAAGACAUUUUUUGAGAAGAAUUCAACUUUGUAUCGACGUAAACGGUCGUCAGUUUGAGCACAUACUCAAUGAUUAG